AUGGCCUCCAUAUCUACGAAAAUCAUCCCCCGCAUCAAGGCGGUUCGUGCAUAUGCAACCCAAGGAGAGAAGGGAGACCAGGGAUACAUGGCCGACUGCCACGAUGUAGAGGACGAACACUGGAUCAAUGGCUUCCCGACACCAGUGGCAAACCCCAUGUCCGGGCACCCACAGUACGCCGCUACGAGAAAAUCCUGGGGGAUCAACGCCCUUGGGACGCUCGUGGUUGAGGUUGAAGCAGACGACGGCACUGUCGGCGUUGGGAUCACCAUUGGGGGAGAACCAGGGUGCUUCAUAGUGGAGAGGCAUCUUAGCCGUUUCAUCGAGGGACAGGACCCCAGGAACAUCGAGUUGAUGUGGGACCAAAUGUUCCGGUCGACUUUAAAUUAUGGUCGAAAGGGACUCCCACUACAAGCAAUCAGCGCCGUUGACCUUGCCCUUUGGGACCUCCUUGGCAAACUGCGGGGCGAGCCCGUAUAUGCACUUCUUGGCGGGAAAACCAAAGAUCGUCUGCCAGUGUAUUGCACCACAGCUAGACCAGAUAUUGCCAAAGAGUUUGGUUUUGUGGGGAGCAAGAUCCCCUGUCCGUACGGGCCUUCUGCUGGGAACGAGGGGCUAAAGAAAAACGCUGAAUUUGUAAAAGGUUGGCGCGAGAAAGUUGGCCCCGACUUCCCUCUAAUGCUGGAUUGCUACAUGGCCUUGACUGUCCCAUACGCCAUCAGCCUUGCCCGAGAGCUAGAACCCUUUAACAUAAAAUGGAUGGAGGAGUUUCUUCCCCCUGACGACUAUGAUGGCUACGCCGCCGUCAGACAGGCUCUGCAAGGCUCUAAGCUGCUUCUCACCACGGGGGAGCACGAAUACACGCGGUACGGGUAUCGCCAACUUAUAGCCAACAGGUGCGUGGACAUCCUCCAACCGGAUAUCACGUGGUUGGGUGGGAUGACCGAGGCCCGGCGCAUAGUGGCCAUGGCGUCCGCCUACGAUAUCAUGGUCAUUCCGCACGGCUCCAGCGUCUACUCGUAUCACCUUCAGUACGCCUUUAGCAACUGCCCCCUCGCAGAGUUCAUCAACCUUAGUCCAAAGGCCGAUAAGAUCAUCCCUUACUUUGGUGAUCUCUUCACGGAUGAGCCCCUGCCCAAAGACGGAUUUAUCGACCUACCGGAUCGACCCGGAUUCGGCGUCACUUUACGCAAAGAUCAGCUUGUGAGGCCGUAUCCGCGCAGUGAUGAGGAGUCCAAGCGGCAAGCUGACAGGAACCGAAAUGCUCCAACACCUACCCAAGCGAAGAUGCCAUUUUAAUCUGUGAUUGAAUCAGGGACAAUGCCAAAGACUGGAAAUAG